UUUUUGUUUUAAUCAAUGUGUCCAAAAAAAGCCUGGGGGAGCCGCAACAUGCUGGGGUUAGCCAGCAACUCCGUCCCGCGGCAGCUGCGUGUGACCGGGACUUUGCGGAGCGAGUCAAGAAAACUACUGCAGAUGAUUGGCCUGCUAACGCCGAGCUAACCGGAAAUGCUCUUAAAUCAUUCGACUCCUUGGCUGAGGACAAGGGGGCGGAGCCCUCCAUCCAAGGAGCUGAAUUGCAGGGGCAACCAUGGAAGAUGGACCAGGAGGGGAGGACGGACGACAGUGCGACUUCUGAUCCCAAUCUCAUGGUGCCCACAGAACUAACAACACCAGACUGCAUCGGAGCAUGCUAUGGCGACAAAGUGGAUACCUUUGACCGUGACAGCCGCAGAGCUGACACCUCUCCCCAGACCAACAAUCCGGGCCCACACAAGCAGCUGACGCACCGACGACCGAACAAGCACCCGUGCCGCUUCUGUCCUUACUCAUGCUCUUCCGCCACGAUUGUCGCCAUUCACGAGAGGACUCACACUGGCGAGAGGCCCUUCAGUUGCGAUACCUGCGAAAAAACGUUUGCGGAUAAGUCUCGCUUGAUAUCUCAUGUUAAAAUUCACACCGGAGAGAAGCCGUUCAAGUGCAGCACGUGCGGCAGGGCAUUUAGUCAUAAAAACACCUUGGUGGGUCACGAAAGGAUUCAUACAGGAGAGAAGCCGUUCAGGUGCAACACGUGCAGCAGGGCGUUUACUCAGAAAUGCAACUUGGCUGGUCACGAAAGGAUUCAUACAGGAGAGAAGCCGUUCAAGUGCAACACGUGCGGCAGGGCAUUUAGUCAUAAAAACACCCUGGUGGAUCACGAAAGGAUUCAUACAGGAGAGAAGCCGUUCAGGUGCAACACUUGCAGCAGGGCGUUUACUCGGAAGUACCAGUUGGCGAAUCAUGAGAGGACUCACACCAGAGAGAAGCCGUUUAAGUGCGAGACCUGCGGUAGAGCGUUUGCGGCUGAUACCAAUUUAUACCGUCAUCAGAAGAUACAUCGCAAGUGAUCGAAACCCUUACGUGCAUCAUAGUUGUGAAAGGGGUUUAAACGAAAUACUCGAGCACCGACGUGUGUUCAUUUGGCUUGGCAAUAGGCCUGCAGGGGUUCUACUUGCGAGCAGUGUGUGUUUCACAUGGUUCAAAAUGUUUCAGCCUCUUAUUUACAGUAUAAACACAGAUAAAAAAAUGUGAAUUUACCUUAGACGAAGCGACCAGAGUUCUUUUUUGUACACGAAAAAAAGAAAAUACUUGAAGCCUAAUCUUUUUUUAUUCAUUUAUAGUCAUUGAUCACGUGAUGCACCUGGAAUCUCUGGGUUUUCUGUAGGGUCACUUAUGUUCCUUACAGGUCGUCCUACUCAUGACCAUAAAUAGACAAACUUAUAAAAUAACUAAGGUCUUUCAAUAGCAGCAAUCUUGAAUAUUGCAAAUGUUAAGAAAAGUACAAGAAAAACCGAGUAAUGCGGAGAGGUCAACAUAAUUUUAAGAUGUAAAAAUAAAACUAGGUAUAUUCGAAACUAUUUAACACACCAAGCUGGAAACUAAUGCUUUACUCAUAGGACUGCAACAGUAUAUACGUGACUCGGAAGAUUUAGAAAUGCAGUGUAAUUUCCUAUCUCAUUUCGUGAUAUUCUUGGUCCUUUUUCUUUUUGAUUGGUUUGAGUAUCUUAAUUCUGAUAGUAUCAUUCAAUGUGCUUGCUACAUGAAAUACUUGUAUGUAUGUUUUCCUUUUGCAUGAUUUUAUUAUUUUUUUUUGCACAUUCAUGAAGACGGCCCUGAUCAUUUAGGAUAUUUAUACUUUUAGUGCUAUUCAUUUGGUGUUCAUAUAUACUUUGUUUCAGCUUAGGCACGAGCGCGGACAAUGUUAUGAGUUGGAGGGCCAAUAAAACAGUGCAGAAAGCGCAACGCCAUGGCGUGCUCUCUGCGCUUGAUAGGAUUAGCCGGUGGAGGAGCAGGCACAGAGAGAUGGCGAAUACGGGCUAGUCCUAUAGUCCUAUGAACUGCAAAGAACUCGUCAUGGUAUGAACUGCAAAGAACUCGUCAUGGCUCUGUGCCUCUUUCGCUGUUUGAUUGGCCCUUGGGCUCGUAACAUCGGCCACGCUCGGCCCUAAGCUGAAACGAAGCACGGUUUCACUUGAAUUCGUCAGGCCUUUAAAUAUUCGGAGUUCCUCUUGUAGUAGACGGAUCACACACAUGUGUUGUACUAAAGGCAUAAUUGACUUCAUUGUGUAUAUUCAUGUAUCUAAAAAAUGUAUAUGCGUAAUCCAUCUAAAUCGCUCUCAAUCUGCGCUGAGUGUACAGUGGUUGUCACUAUUGUCUAAUGUGCCAGAAUUGAUGGAGGUGGAGUCCUGUUCCCAAA